UCAAAUCCUUGGCGAAAUCUCGUAAGUCAUCUUACAUGCAUAUACUAUACAAUCAUGAAAUUGACUAUUUAUUUAAACUAGUAAUCAUGAUGUUCAGGAUUUGGCUAAUAAUUAAACAAGUAUAUAGAUAGAUACAUACAUAGAUGGAGAGAGUAUGCGAUUUCUGCAAGGCAUUGAGACCGGUUGUGUACUGCAAGGCGGAUGCAGCUUAUCUAUGUCUUUCAUGCGAUGCCAAAGUUCAUUCGGCUAAUGCACUUUCAGGGAGACAUCCACGGGCUCUUGUCUGUGAGUUUUGUGGUUCUGGAUUGGUUAAUAUUCGUUGUCCAAAUCACUGUUUGCUUCUCUGCCACAGCUGUGAUCAUAGUAUGCACAAGGAUUUGUCGUCUCAUCAUCAGAAACAUGUGAUUAGUUGUUGUUACUUGGGUUGUCCUUCUGCUAAGGAUUUGGCUAAGCUAUGGGGUUUCAAUUUGGAUGAAUUUGGUUUAGAUUCUCUUCAAGAUAAGUUCAUUUCAACAUCUUGUCUCUCUGGGAACAAUGUGCAAUCAAGGACUUUUUUUGGAGAAGCUUCAUCUGAUCGUAAUAAGUUAAAGAAAAACAAUAUCAUUCAGCAGAUUCUGGAUUUGGAGAAGCUUCAGCUGAGUGAUGAUGGGUGCCAAAAUUCAUCAGUUAUACGUGGAAAGGACUUAUCUUUCGGGAACUAUGACGCGUCUUGGGAACUGGAGAACAACAAUAUUGAUAGUAAACAUUCACAUGAAACGUCAUCCUCCUUUGAUCUUGAUCAACAACCGGACAGUUCUCAACAGGAGUUGAAUCCAGAUCCUUUUCUUCUUUCAUCUUUUCCUCAAUUAGACCAGUUGACAUCAAAUUCUGGCAACCCGGAUUCUUCAUUUUGGCAAUGCAAAAGUCCAACUCAGAAAUUCCAGCUUUGGUCUCAAAAUAUGCAAGAUCUAGGAAUAUGUGAAGAAGUAGGAUGCAUAGAUGAUCUUAAUAUGCCUGAUGUUGAUUUAACAUUCCGAAACUUUGAGGAACUCUUUGGAGGAGGAGGAGGAAGCCAUGAUUUAACCGACGAUUCAUUGGUUGAUAACAAGGAUAUCACACGCUCUGCAACCGCUAAAGAUCAUGAAACAAUGGGGCAUUCUCGUGCGAUCAGGCCAACAUCUCAUGGGAAGAUGUCAUUUUCGAUUUCAAGGUUCUGUACCACUAAAAGUAAUGCUACUGCUGAUUGCUCUGAUAGCUCCUUGUCAUCACCUGCCAUUGCUGCUGCUGUUCAAGGGAUGCACCAAACUGAAACCAAAGACAUUGAUCAUGUGUUAAUGAAGAACAAACAGAAGAAAAUAGAUCGCAGGUACAACGACCCCCAUGAAGCUGGGGCAGCAGUUAUGCGUAAAGUCAAAAGGAGGUUUGUAAAAGGAGAAGAAUUCAACGGUGAAGGUGUUGAAGUAACAACACAAAGUUAUUGAAGGCUUCAUUAUCGUCUCUUCUUCUUCCUUAUUCCACUGCCAAAAGCAUUCUGGAUGCGAAUUUGAAUUUAACCAAAUCUGUUGAAUCUGUAUAGCAUCUGCCUCGAGUUGUGCUGGAGCCAAGCCAUAUGGUAAGUGGUGUUGUAUUUAAAAGCUUCAUAAGGCAUUGUAACCAUUUAUGCUUUGUACAAAAUACAAACUUUCUCGAUUCUCA